AUUUUGUAUUCUCCUGGAUAGGAAAGUUCUAAAUGUGAAAUUUCUUUGUUCUACUCCUAUUAAAUAAAAAUAAAUUUUUAAAAAUCAUGUCUUAUACUGGAAGAAUUUUCAUCAUCCUCUCUGUGAUAAUCGCAAUUUUAAGCUUUGUAUGGAUUCUUCUUUAUCAGCUUUUAAAGGAAAAUGUGUCAAAUAUACUUGAACCAUCUGAAGGAUAUGUGUUUGAUUAUAUAGUUGUGGGUGGAGGAACAGCUGGAUCUGUUCUGGCAACAUUACUAACAAAGCAUUCAAAUUCGACGGUGCUUCUUCUCGAAGCUGGAGAUAAAUUUGGAUUUAUAAGCAAAAUUCCAUUGCUAGCGACAGUUUUACAAAAGAGCGUAAAUGAUUGGUCAUUUCUUUCAGUACCACAGAGAUACUCAUCAAAGGGUUUACAUGACCAGCGUCAAGCUCUUCCUCGGGGAAAAGGCUUAGGUGGAUCUUCGCAAAUAAAUUUUAUGCUCCAUUUCGAUGGAUAUGAUAAAGAUUUUGAUCGAUGGAAACAAAUGGGUUUAAGAGAAUGGUCAUCAAAAAUUAUGAAACCCUUCAUUGAUGCAGCAAAGCCUAAAAGUGACGAGUAUUUCAAGAUACGAAGACACUAUUCCAAAUUAGCUGAAGCAUUUGAUAGAGCUGAAACCGAUUUCGAGCACAAACCAUGGAAUUUUCGAAGAGCAAAAUACACAGUAAGGCGAGGAUAUCGAUGGGGAGUUUAUCAGAAAUAUCUUCAAACUGUUUAUGGAAAAUGGAAUCUAAAAAUCAUUACAAACGCAGUUGUACGUCGAGUGAAUAUUAAAAACGGAUUAGCUGAAUCUGUAACAGUUGGUAUUAAAGACGAUGAUGGCAAGGAAACCAAAUUCGACUUCAAAGCUUCAAAAGAGAUAAUUAUAUCAUCUGGCGCUUAUCAAUCACCUCAAGUACUCCUGUCAUCGGGAAUAGGCCCGAAAAAUUUUCUGCAGAAAAUCGGAAUUCCAGUCCAAAAUGACCUGCCCAAAGUUGGUAAAAAUCUUUUUGAUCAUAUGAAUUUGCCCCUUUUUGUAUCGGUAGCUGAAAAGACAAGUAUCAAUGCGGAUGCUUUAUUAAGUAUAAGGGAAGUCUUAACUUAUUUCACCACUGGGACUGGACAUUUUGGAAAUUUUGGUGUAAUUGGAAAUGUAGACAGUAUGGAAGAGAAAAGUGGCUCGAUGUUGUUUGGCGUUGGUGCAAUUGAUGAAAGUGCUCUCAUGUCGAUAUCAAACUUCAAAAGAGAACACUUUCGAGCGUUGUUCCCACUGUAUUACAAUUCAACGCAAGAAGGAUUUGUGAUAAUUUCAACCUGUCUGCAACCAAAAUCAAGAGGAUCUGUAGUAGUUAGGAAUGAUAAUGUUCGAAGGAAUCCACUUAUCGAUCCCAAUUAUUUGGCUGAAAUAGAAGAUGUCAAUUGUACUAUUCGAGCGAUUCGAAAUAGUAUCAAGAUUGCAACCUCAGAUGCUUUUGCCAUACUGAAGCCAAAGAUACAUUGGCCUAAAAUUAAAGAAUGCUCAAAUUUUGGACCAUUCGAAAGAGAUUCAAAGUGGAAUCAACCAUCAGAUAAUUAUUUGGAAUGUAUUUUAAGGUAUGUCGGACUGACUUCACAUCAUCCAGGAGGCAGUUGUAGAAUGGGACUUACGAAAUACGAUAGUGUUGUGGACCAAGAUUUGAGAGUUCACGGUGUAAGAGGAUUACGGGUAAUUGAUGCUAGUGUUUUACCAACGCCGCUCUCAGGAAAUCCAAAUUCAAUUAUCAUUGCAAUAGCAAUAAGGGGUGCUGCAUUAAUUAUAAAAUCGAAUAAAGAUAAAUAGUGACUUUGAAUACGGAACAUUGAUUUUUUUGGAAGUUCAGUUCAAGUUAAGUUCAAAUUUGGGU